GGCGCGACGCUCCUUUGCCAGCCUCAAGGGCAAGGCCGAGGAGGCGUGCGAGGUAGGGACCGUCAGGGCCGACGGCUCGGUGGAGGUCUUCUUGGAGUACCUCGGGAAGCGCUUUCCCGAUAUCGAAGUAUUGGAGUUACCGGCGCUCCUGGAGACGUUCGUGAAGCCGGCAUGCAUCCGGCACAAGUUUGAGGAGAUCCGCGAUUUCAGCGAUCGCUGCAACAGCAUGGCGACGAAACUGAGAGCUAAGGACAUACAGGUGCCCGACGAGGUCAUGGCCGACCUGUGCAUCAAGGGCGCCCGCUUGCCACUGGAGCGCAAGGCGAGCGUGCUUAACGGCGUGGGCAACGCGUUCAAUCCGACGAAGAUCCAGGAGCAGCUCAUGAUCAAUUUAACCAAAGUAUCGGUCGUGGACGGCAGCAAAGAGCACCGCCACGACCAAGGCGGCUACGGAGGUCACAAGAAGGACCACAAGAAGGUGUGCGCCACGGAGGCCUAUGACGAGGCCGAGAACGACGGCGCGUCCACCGACAGCUCCGAGGGCUACGACGACGACUUGCCGGACGAGCUGCAGGACGUGAUAGACGAGGCGGAGGAGCAGGUGGCUUUCUUCACCAAGAAAUUGGUGCGCGCCAAAGACACGCUGAAGGGGGUCGAGCAGUCGCGCGGCUACUUCGCCAAGCGAGACGGCGGACAUCCGCCGAAGAAGGGCGAUUCCAAGGUCGCCAAGAUGAAGGCGAGGACGCACUGUGGAGCGUGUGGCCAGGAGGGCUACUGGCGCGGCGACCCGCAGUGCUCCAAGAAGAAUGUGACGGCAGCCUCGUUCUACAUCAACAAGGACAACCAGUGCCACGUGGCCGCGACGGGUUCGGCGCUCAUCUACAUCAGCGUCGAAGACCUACUCAAGGAGUCGGGCGGCAGGCUGACCUUCGACGCUGCCUGCUCGCGGUGCGUCGGCGGCCUGGACUGGUGCAACGACAUCAACGAGAAGCUGGCGGCCUUCAACGUCCAGCCGAUCGAGUGCCCAGAGGAGCUGUUCCGCUUCGGAGCGUCCAAGGUGGUGUGCAGCCUCAAGGCCGCGCUGAUUCCCUGCUCGGUGAAUGGCAAGGCCUUCGCCGUGCGCAUGAGCAUCGUGCGCAGCGCCGUGCCUGGACUGUUCAGCCGCCAGGCCCAGAGCGAGCUGGGCGUUGUCUACCGCGCAGGGGGCAACGAGCUUGGCAUCAAAUCCGUCAACGAGCACGGCGCCCAGAUGGGCUUGAGCCGCGCUGGACACCCGACGCUCGAGAUCACAGGCUUCGCGCCGAGCUACAAGCCAGUGUCGGACGUCUCGGACGCCAAGACCGAGAUCCGGCUGCAUCGUUUUUCGACUUGCCACGCUGAGACAGCCGUGGCCAGCGCCGCCAAGCCGGUAGCGCCCGAGCGCUGUGGCCAACGGGUCGCCUCGGAGGCCGACGAGCCUCAGUCGGAGACUGACUGUGACGAGCUCGACGGCGCUGAACUGUUCGAGCAGCAGGUGCGCCAGCGGCCGGAGUUCACGCCCCCGUCGCAGCGGAAAUGCGUGACAUCUCCCAGGGCGACGAUCCCGGAGGCCAGCUGCUCGAACGCGCCGACGCCGAGUUUUUCCCGCCUGCCAGCGAUCUACAUCAUGCGGAUGGGGGGCCUACAGGCGGAGGUGGCAAGCUACGAGUUGGAUGUGCGCGACGCGACGCGCGACCAGCUCCGCGUCAUCCUGCGCGCGAACGACAAGAUGCGCUUCGGCAAGUACCCAACCGCGGAUUACCGCUGGGUGCUUAAGGACGACUUGGGUUACGCGCGUUGGGCGGUGCUGGGGCUGGGCGCCGGCCGAGCGAGCCCGCUCCUGGCGCGCUUCGGCAGGCGGGUCCAGGCUCGCGGGGUGAGGCCGCUCGAGCCAGAAGAGCUCGAGACUGCCAUCGAGGCGGUGAUGGCCGAGGAGGUGGUCCUGGGCGACGAGUCGGUGACGCCGGUGGCGACGAUCCAGCGGGCCUCAGCUUGUCAAGGCAGUUGGGCGGGUCACCGCCGCCCGAGGCCGGUCGAGGAGCGCGAGAUGGACACCGGCGACCACGGCUUCCAGAAGGCGGGCGAGACCGACCAGGAGAUGGAUGUGGCGUCUCCGCACGACAAGGUCACGGGCUUGCUGAGCGCCUUUGCGUUUCAGGCCGUGCUCGCGGCGGACUGGCUGUCCCAACCUCUCAAGCCGUUUGCUCAGUAUGCGACGAGCGCCGCGCAGGGCGUGGCGGACCACAUGAGGAACGUCAAGGAGAUCUGCACCGUCCGGAGCCACGGCGUGGACGUCAUGCAGGUGUUCAACUGUAAGUGCGGCUGGGGCCUCCGCAAGCAGAAGGACCUCGAGAUGACGUACGAGCGGUGCUACGCAUCGAGGCCUAAGUUCGCGUCGAUCGAGCUACCCUGCACCUACUGCGCGAACGUUGCGCACCUCAACUUCCACGCGCCGCAGGGCAAGCAGGCACUGCGGCGACUGUGGCGCGCGGAGCGGCCAUUCCUUUUCCUGGCCCGCGGCCUCUUCAGGUCUCAGCUCGAUUCAGGCGGCGCCGCCAUGAUCGAGAGCCCGGCCACCAGCCGGAUCUGGACACAGCGCAUCAUGAUGGAGCUACUUGCCGACGAGCGCGUGUACCAGGUGAGGCUGCUCGUCACCCGCAAGGAGUUCGAGCGGCUACGCUGUGCCUGCAGCCGCACACGCCACGACCAGACGUUCGGGGACAACGUGGCGGUGCGGAAGUCUGGCGUCUAUCCAGCCAAGUUCUGCCGAGCGGAGGCGCGCGUCGUCGAGCAGAUCAUUCGCCGGCAGGGUGGGCCUCGCGCCUGCCAGGUGGACUGCGGCGCUUCCUCGUCGGCCUUCAUCGCGACGGAGUUGAAGGGGCAGGCCGCCGUCUGCGUGAACGACGCCGCGCCCCUGGGAGAGACGGGCGAGCCUAUUGGGGACCCAGACACCAUGGGCGGCGGAGACGACUUCGCCGACGCUCGCGACGUGGAGGCCGACGAGACUGUGGACGGCAGGAUCGGGGUCGGCGCGGUCACUUUCACCAAGAAAGCAGCAGCCUGCUGCAAGCCGGCCGAGUUGGCCAUGCUCAAGAGACUCCACGUCAAUUGGGGCCAUCCGUCUGAUGGAGACUUGGGCCACAGUCUGCGACUCAAGGGCGCUCAGUCGGCCGUCGUGCAGGCCGUCAAGGGGCUGAUCUGCGGAGUGUGCCGCUCAUUUCGGCGACGACGUGGGUUCGAUUGCUUCGAGCUCGGGGGCGUCGACGGCAAGAGCUACUGGUACUUCAGUAUCGUCGACUCGGCCGCUACCUUCCACGUCGCGACGCUGAUCGGUCGCCACACCAGCCAGGAGUUCGCUAUGGCCUUCGAGAGGUGCUGGGCCUCCUGGGCCGGCGUCCCGGACAGAGUCCAUUUAAACAUGGAGAGGGAGUUCGGUGGCGUUCUCAGCGAGCUGUUCCAGUCUUUCGACACGGUGCAGCUACCUAUCGCGGGACAGGCCCACUGGCAGCUCGGUCGAGUGGAACGUCAGGGACCCUGGUGGAGGGAGCUCGCUGCAAGGACGAUCGAGCACUCGUCGAUCAGGGGCGAGCGCGAGAUGCGGACGCUAGGCAUCAUGGUGUCUGGCGCCAAGAACUCGCUGAGGAGGCGGGCUGGCUUCAGCCCCGCACAGUGGGUGCUGGGGCGCGAUCCCAAGAUGCCCGCCGACCUGAUGGACGACGCGGCCAACUACAGUGCCCACAGUCUCGCCACCAAUGACGAGAGGAGUCGUCGCCGAUCUGCUGUUCGGACGGCGGCGCGCGAGUCGUUCAUGCGGAUGCAGAACGACGACCAGCUCAGACGAGCUAUGCUGGCUCCCGCGCGCACCGUGGCCACGCCUUUGUCAGUGGGCGAGAUGUGCUACAUUUUCCGCCAAGUCAAGAAGAAAGAGCAGAAGGAGCAGCACAACCGCAACGCCAAGAAGGGCAUCUGGCGGGGGCCGUGCGUGGUCAUCGGUCACCAGGGCAACAACGCCUGGGCACUCGCUCCGGACGACGUCUGGUUCCCGAACGGUCGGGGCGAGAUCGGCCAGGCCGUGGCCGAGCUCAACGGGGCUCGCGACUCACUCGAGCAGGAGGAGGUCCCGGUGGAGGACAUCCGCCCCGAGCCGGGCCAGCCCCAGGUCCAGCCAGACGAGAUGGAGCAGGCGUGGCGGGAGUUCAUCGACAGCCCAGACGACGACGACAUGAGGCUGAACUUUCCUGAGGACCCGAACUCCCAGCAGCAGAUCGAGGUGCUGCCCGCCGACCGAGCCGACAUGCCUCAGUCAGCCUCGGAGGAGCAGCCCUGCGGUCCCGUCGGGUUCCGACGACGGCGAGCGACCUUCGACGGGGCGGACAGCGGCGACUUCGGCCCGGCCUUCAAGCGCCUGCAGACCGCCAAGGAGCACGUGGGCUCCGGAGGACCGCCCCCGAGGACAGCCUCGCGCGAUCGGGCGGCCGUGCCCGGCGGCGGAGCAGCGGCCGGAUCCGAGUAG